AUCACCCGGAUGCAGUCCUGAACCACUUCCGCUUUGUAACAUUGGCAUGGUGGAAACAGCUCCGGCUGUUUGAGGUGUCAUCCUGACAGAAAGUCCGCUUCUCUAAAUCAACCAUGCCGGGGCCAGACAAAGAAACGGACCUGACGGAGAGAAUCGAAGCGUUUCUGUCCGACCUGAAGCGCGGAGGCAGCGGGACCGGACCCCUGCGGGGCUCGGCGGAGACAGCCCGAGAGACGACAGCCCUGCUCCGCAGAAUCACAGCUCAGGCUCGGUGGAGCAGCGCAGGUGAUCUGAUGGAAAUCAUCCGUAAGGAGGGGAGGAGAAUGACCGCGGCGCAGCCAUCAGAGACCACUGUCGGUAACAUGAUCAGACGAGUGCUGAAGAUCGUCAGAGAGGAAUAUGCCAGAUCUCGGGGUAGCAGUGAAGAGACGGACCAGCAGGAGUCACUCCACAAGCUGCUGACGUCUGGUGGACUCAGCGAGGAGAACUUCAGGCAGCACUUUGCCACCCUCAAAGCCAACGUCAUCGAGGCUAUAAAUGAGUUACUGACUGAGCUAGAGGGAACAACAGACAACAUUGCCAUGCAGGCCCUGGAGCACAUCCACUCCAACGAGGUCAUCAUGACGAUCGGCCGCUCGCGCACCGUGGAGGCCUUCCUCAAAGACGCCGCACGCAAACGCAAGUUUCACGUCAUCGUGGCAGAGUGUGCCCCCUUCUGCCAGGGGCAUAAAAUGGCCACCAGUCUCUCCACAUCUGGCAUCGAGACGACUGUGAUCGCAGAUGCUGCCAUAUUCGCCAUCAUGUCUCGUGUUAACAAGGUCAUCAUCGGCACGCAGACGGUCCUGGCUAACGGGGGGCUCCGGGCCGUCAACGGGACGCACACGCUGGCCCUGGCAGCCAAGCACCAUUCGACGCCUCUGAUCGUUUGUGCUCCCAUGUUCAAGCUCUCGCCUCAGUUCCCGAAUGAAGAGGACACCUUCCACAAGUUUGUCUCUCCACACGAGGUGCUUCCUUUCACUGAAGGUGACAUUCUCUCAAAGGUGAACGUGCACUGUCCCGUGUUUGACUACGUACCACCUGAGCUCAUCACACUGUUCAUCUCCAACAUCGGAGGACACGCACCGUCUUAUAUCUACCGACUGAUGAGCGAACUUUACCAUCCGGAGGACCAUGAACUUUAACCAGUGUCAUUAAAUAAAUGAAUUAAGUAAAGCA